AUGUCGAGUUCAAGACUUUUCCAGCCCCUCAAGCUCGGGGAUAUUCAGCUUAACAACCGAGUUGCAAUGGCCCCGCUAACUCGGUUCCGUGCCGAUGAGAACCAUGUGCCCCUCCCUAUGGUUGCAGAGUACUACGCUCAGCGUGCUUCGACUCCUGGAACCCUUCUCGUUACAGAAGCCACUUUAAUCUCUCACCAGGCUGGUGGAUAUGCCAACGUGCCGGGAAUCUACACUCAGGCGCAGAUCGACUCAUGGAGUAAAGUGACAGAAGCGGUGCAUAAGAAGGGCAGCUUCAUCUACCUUCAGCUAUGGGCGCUCGGCCGUGUUGCCAGUCCCGCGCAGGCUGAGAAAGAAGGCAUCACUAUCAAGACGUCCAGCCCCGUGCCGCUUGGCGAGGGCUACGCAACACCGAAAGAGAUGUCCAUCGAAGAGAUUAACGAGACUAUCAACGACUACGCACAAGCUGCUAAGAACGCAAUCGAAGCCGGCUUCGACGGUGUGGAGCUCCAUGGCGCUAACGGCUACCUCAUCGACCAGUUUCUCCAGGACAAGGUCAACCAGCGCAAAGACUCCUACGGAGGAUCCGUAGAGAACCGUUCGCGCUUCGCCUUCGAGGCCGUCAAGGCUGUUGUUGACUCCAUCGGUGCUAAGAAGACUGGUAUCCGUCUUUCUCCCUUCAGCGUCUUCCAGGGCAUGAAGAUGGACGACCCUCAUCCGCAAUUCAAGGACAUCAUCAAGAAACUCGAUUCGCUCAAUGACCUGGCUUACAUCCACCUGGUCGAAUCCCGCAUCGACGGCAAUGCCGAUAUCGACCCGAAUCCUGCUGAGCAGCUCCAACCUUUCGUAGAUACAUUCCGCAACCCCGUUCUCAUUGCCGGAGGUUUCAAGCCGAAAUCUGCGCAUGAUCUGGUCGACAAGCAGUAUCCCAACAAGGACGUUGUCGUUGUCUUCGGCCGCUACUUCAUAAGCACGCCAGAUCUCGUGUUUCGUUUGGAGAAGGGUAUCGAGUUGACCCAGUACGACCGCGAUAGUUUCUAUAUGCCCAUGAAGGCGGAGGGGUACACUGACUACCCUUUCAGCAGGGAGUUUUUGUCUACGCAGGCAUAG